CGGACGUUACGUUGUAAAAAAACAAAGGUGCCGCCCUAAAAGAAGGUGACGUUGCUCCCGUUUCUUCACUCCUGAUUGGUCACGUUUCUUCACUUCCGAUCGAUCACGUUUCUUCAGCGGCUAUCAUAUCCCCCACAGACAGCCUUCAUUGUUUUCAGGCCAUCACCGGCUAUAAAUACACUCUAAUCUUAGGUUAAUAACCGUGCAACGUACGUGCAAUUAUAUUCAUAAUUGAAAUUGAUAUUCAAUUUGAAGUUGUAUCCAAAAUGAUCGAGAUAACAUGAACGACGUUAAAUCAGAUCGUAGAGCAUCACAUUAAUAAUGAAAGUUCAAUACCGUAUAAUUGCAGCGAGCAAUAAUCUAAAACUGUGUGAGAAAGAUGAGAUCAAAGUGAGAUUAUAUGUUGAAAUCACAUUGUCCGAGUUGGAUUGUUAAAAGUUGUAGCCCUAAAAUUAAAGAAGGUGACGUUCGUUGUUUCCGUUCCUUUUUCUCUGAUCGAUCACGUUUCUUCAGCGGCUUCUCUAUCCCCCACAGACAGGCCGGCUUCAUCGUUUUCAGGCCAUCCCCGGCUAUAAAUACACUCUAAUCUUAGGUUAGUAAUCCGUACAUCUCAACCCUAGCCUUGUUAAGCUCUGAUCUUCAACUCUAGUUACCUUUGGUUUUUCUAGAUCGAAGGUAUCUCACAACGUAACUUUCUGCGCGCUGUAAUUUCUCGUGCUAGCUUAGCUCUUUUGAAAAGAAUGACGAGAGGUGAAGGUCCAUCUUCAACAUCACCAAUGGAGAACGACCUCUCUUUGGUUCCACCUCAUCAUAACCCUGCAGAACACCAGCAGCAAGGAGACACCUUUGCACGAAGAGGCUUGUUCCUUGCUCAUCUCCUUCUCACAUGUCUGGCCUUCGUUGCUUCUGGAAACCUGGCAAAUGCCAGUAUGGUCCUUGAUCAAAUCUCCCAACUUGCCUCUCCCAACGGCGAUGCGAUGCAAAGGGUCGCCGCCCACUUCAUCUCCGCCAUCGCCCACCGCAUCAUUAGGGUUUGGCCGGGGUUGUAUCGAGCCCUUAAUGCUACUGCCAUAACACCCACCGCUGGAUAUGAAAAGGCCAUCCGGAAAAUGUUCUUUGACCUUUGCCCUUUCAUGAGACUUUCGUAUGUGAUGACGAAUGAGGCUAUAAUGGAAGCUAUGGAGGGGGAGAAGGUGGUCCACAUUAUUGAUCUUAGCCCAUCUGAACAUUUUCAGUGGCUGAGCCUUCUCCGUGCCAUGAGUACACGCGCAGAAGGCCCUCCUCAUCUAAGGCUCACAGAAUUGACACGGAAUUGGCACAGAAUUGGCACGUAAUUGGCACAGAUCAUUGGCACAGAUUUUCCGAAAUCCACGGGAGAUUUGGCACGAAUUUGUCAUGAGCUAUGUCAAAAUUAUGUUAUUCUCCGUGCCAAAUAUGUGACAAUUUGAUUUUUUUUAAUAAUGUCGGAUGAGUGUAGUAUUUCAAUUCAAAACAGGUGUUCACGAGAGUAGAGUGGUUUUGGAAAAAAUGGCUCGGCAACUUAAUGCAGAAGCUGAGAAACUGGAUAUCCCUUUCCAGUUUAACCCUAUUGUGAGUAAACUGGAGGAUCUGGAGAUGGAGAGUCUUCAUGUGAAGAUGGGGGAAGCUCUCGCCAUUAGUUCCGUGCUUCAGCUUCACCGCCUCUUGGCAUUCGAUUGUAACUCCCCCGGGCCUUCUUCUUCGUCUUCACCAAAGAUCAUCACUUUCUUGAGCGCUUUGCGGAGCCUAUCCCCGAAGAUCAUGGUGAUCACCGAGAAAGAUUCUGACCACAAUGGGCUUCUUCUCGAAGAGAGGUCAAUCCAGGCUCUGAACUACUAUGCGGCGCUCUUUGACUGCAUGGAAUGCACCGUUCCACGAGCUUCUGUUGAGCGCCAGAAGGUGGAGCACUUGCUUUUCGGGGAGGAAAUAAAGAACAUUGUUUCUUGUGAGGGUGUCGAGAGGAAGGAGAGGCAUGAGAAAGUAGAUAAAUGGAUUGCUAGGCUCCAGCUCUGCGGGUUCAGGAGGGAGCUUUUGAGCCAUAGGGCGAUGAUGCAUGGGAACAGGUUACUACUUGAUCAAAAUAACCACAUUGGGUACAACAUCAAAGAUAGAGAUGGGUGUUUCCUCAUUUGCUGGCACGAGUACCCCAUCUUUUCUAUUACAGCUUGGAGCUUCUACAGGUACAAUGGUGUUGGAUAAGUGUACCUCCCAUCUCAUCCAUAUUGUCUAAACAUUGUUGUAUAAUAACAAAUUACUUUCCUAUAGCAAUCGUGUUGUUUUGUUUAUGUUCAUGUAAACCUCUUUCUAUUUUCCAUGCAUGCAAUUUUCAUCUUCUUUUCAUCAA